GGAAACACCGCUGCACAAAAUGCUUUUCCUCCCAGCUGCUGCUCUGUGCUGUCUGUGUUCAGCGCUGGUUGCCAUGGCAGCAGAGCUGAUCCAGGAUGAUUUAACAUUGACCAGGAGAGUUGGUGGGAAAGUCUCCUUCAGCUGUCGAGGCACUGACCAGUGUGGCAAUAAUUAUGUAUACUGGUACCAGAAGAGAGACUCAGAAACAUUCACACUGAUUCUUUAUAUUGAUAAGAGUGAUGGUGACAUAUAUAAAGGUUUCAAUCAUCCUCAGAAAGAUGAUUUCUCAGCUGUGAAUAAACAGAACGGCUGUGAGUUGGAGAUCAAGAACGUUAAACUCACUCAUUCAGCCUCUUACUACUGCUCCUGUUGGAUAUCUGGUCUCCACAGAUCUGGCUACGACAUCUUUGGCUCUGGAACUAAACUGUAUGUAACAGAUGAGCAGGUAGUGAAGCCCGUGGUGAGCGUGUACCCAGCAGCAUCCAGAGCCCACCUGGAGGGGAAGAGCUCCCUGCUGUGUCUGGCCUCAGCCAUGUUUCCUCCUCUGGUCCAGUUCUCCUGGAAAAGAGGAAAGGAGAACGGUCCUCUGGAGGAGCUGCCCCCUGCUGAGAGAGAGCAGCUGGAGCUCAGAGAGUCGGGACGCACCGCCGCCAUCUUGCUGAUCCAUCAGCAGGAGAACAGCAGGUAUAGAUACCACUGCUACGUCCAUCACGAGGGGGGCACAGUGGAGGCACCACCUCCUCCAUCACCUCCUCCAUCACCUCCUCCAGCAGCUUCUGUCCCGUCUCAGUACCAAGUGAAGCUGCUCUGCCUGCUGUACACGGUGCUGAUAGUGAAGAGUCUGGUGUACUGCUGUGGACUCUCUCUGCUGAUGAUCCUCACAAACAAGGGACCGUCCACCAACUGCACACAUGCUGACUGACUGAUUUCUGCUUUUUCUCACCAUAGAAUCCCAGCAAUUCUUCUCUUUUAUCACUUUCAUCAGUAUGCACAAUAUCUGUUAUGACGUGAUGAUUAUAUAAUUUGGUGUUUAGAUACAUAAUUCUAAAGGUAUGAAUAUAUACAUACAGCUUUGCGUUUACUAAAUUGAUUUGCAGUGCUAUUUUUUGCUAGCUUAUUUCCACUUUUAAUUGGCUUGUAUGACAGUGGAAUGUUAAUUAUAAUCAUUAGCUGUCUGGUACAUAUUCUAUUGUUUACAGUCUUUUUCUGUUCUUGUGUUUCUUUUUAAUACAUUAUUCAGAGUGCGGCUGUUUGUCAGUUUAACAUUCUUAAUAAACUGAAAAACCACAGUGUUUUAUGAACAUUCUUUUUUUAUUGAUAUCAGUUUGACUUCAUAGCAAAUAAUCAGAUUCAGAAUCAACUCGAUUGACUGUUUGUUAACAGAUACAAGUAAUCCGUCUGUGGUUGUAAGUAGCUCUGAAUAUACUUUCACGCAGCACCAAGAACAAAUGUAAAGGAAGGUAUGAAUAUAAGCACACAGCUAAACAAGGACAAGAAAGCUAAACAAAGAGAAGCAGAUAUAAACACACAGCUAUUAUAAACACGUCAGUAGGUUUGGCUGAUCCACCAGGUUCAGUGCUGACCCCCUUUUAUAGUUGUGUCAGUGUGGAUGUAAAGCUCUACGCUGACGACACUGUUGUUAACACACAUGAACAAACAGCAGAGCUGCUUUGAAGCAACAACUGAUAUAAAAUGAUGAAAGAGCGGCUUCAUCAGUC